CAUUUUUAACAUUUUGGCACGAAGCUGUACACGUCCGUGAUCCUCGCAUAGCUACAGGAAAUAGAAAUACUCUAGUGAGUCAGCGACGAGAAAACGAUUGUGUGAAAUCGUUACGUGCCAAAGCUGGCACAGUGGAAUGGCACAGAAUGCUGACAUUGAAUGUUUAGACUGGUUUCAUCCUAAUUUGAAUCGACAUACAGCUGAAAGCAUUCUGCUUCAAAAUGGAAGGGAUGGAACAUACCUUUUGCGACCGAGUUCGAAAGGAGGUGGUGAAUAUGCGCUAUCAGUUAAGUUCGAGCAAUCUGUGAAGCAUUUUAACAUCGUUUGCAAUGGAAUAUCAAUUGUCUUCGGGCAUGCAUCGUUCAGGAGUAUUAAUGAAUUUGUUGAACAUUUUAAGAACAAGCCGCUUAUUGGUACAGAAUCCAGCCAGUUAGUUCUGCUCAAGGUACCAUACCCUCGCGACGUUCAUGAGCCAGACACAUACGAGUCAGUUACUGUCCAUGCAGAGUUCAGCACUGCAGAAGACUCUGUCAACAACAUCAGCUUUUCACUGAAUACUAAAGAAGGUUUCCUUACUAAAUUGGGCAAUAUCUUCAAGACCUGGAAGACACGCUGGUUUGUACUUCGCAGGAAUGAGCUUAUGUAUUACAAAGAAAAGUUCAGCAAGGAACCAAUUAGAGUUUUAGAUUUAAACGAGUGUCUGGAGUGUUCUGAGGAUAAAACUGGCUAUCCAGAGAAGGGAAAUGUGUUUAAGCUUGUGUUCAAAUGGAGAACUUUUUAUAUGUACUCAACAACACCACAAGACAUGAAUGAUUGGAUCCACCGUAUUAACUGGUGCUUGAGAGAGUAUGCUCGUUAGGCAGGCGAAAAGUAGAAGCAUUUUUCGUUUAUUCCUUCAAUUUCUUCACUGCAGAGUGCCAUUGUAGUCACAUAAUAAUGUUCUAUGGGUUGCAUUGAGAUUCAUGUGCCUUACUAUAACUUGCUUUUGUAUUGUUUUCUUUCAAAGGUUUUAGAAUCAUGUAAAGGUACACCAUUUCUGUCAAUUGUUGGAACAAAGAGAAAUAUUCAGCUGCUUGUAAAGCUUGUGCCUUAAGGACCUUGAUAUUUCACUGUAUGAUAAAUGUAUGUGCAUGUAUCUAAAAGGUGUCAAAAUUAUGGGUUUUAAGGCCAAAGAUGGUGCAUAUUACUAAAAAGUCAACAUCAUGUAUGCAUAAUUUUUUUAAAUGCAUAUAGUAUUCAAGUAUUAAACCCUCUUGUCAUCUGUGUUCAUUAUUUAUUAUCAACAUUUAACUGCAAACUUUUAUUGAAAUAAAUGGACAACAAUUAGCACACUAAAUCAGCACAAAAUAGCUUUGGAUCAUUUGCUGUGUGGUUUUCUCUUAAUUUGAAGUUCAUAAUGGUUGUGGGCAGUAAAGUGUUCUAUACAAGCAAAGUAUUAUUAUUAAUUUUUAAUUGCAAUUGUGGUGAAUGCCAUAAUUAAAUACAAAACCAGAUAUGGCCCAACACUAAAACUGAUAUCUAUGUGUGAUUUCAGUGUAUACCGGGGUUUUUACAGGAGGAAAUUUGUAUUGACCUGGUACAUCAAUCAUUAUGCCAGGAAGCAGCAUUAACCUUUCUCAGUGAAGGAUGUUCAUGUUCUACUGAAGUUGAUUAUGAUAAAAUUUUAAUAGCCUGUCUUCUGCCUGUUGUCAUUUUCUUCCAUCCUUCUCUUGCAUGUACAAGAACAGAAAUAAUAAUAUGUGCCAGGAUUUUGCAAUAUCAUAUAUUUUAUAUAGAGUACUUUCUAGCCUAUUUUAACAGCAUUAUAUUUUUGUUUUCAAAAACUAAUAUUUCUCAAUAUUGUAUUUUUCAUUUAAAUUACUUUGCUUUGAUUUUAGGUUAGUUACACUACUAAUAUACCAAGUGUAUAACUCAUUUUGCUGUUAUUUACCAAAUGCCUGAUGGUAUGCUAUGUUCCUUGCUGUACACGUCAGAAAACACCUUGUUUGGACAUUUCACUCUAGCUAUUUUUGUUGCCAUUUACAAUAAAAGCUAGUCAUUUAUGUUUUUCCCAAAUGGCAGGGGUAUUGAAACUGAUUUUCCAAAUGGUUCUCAGAAUAUAAAUGAAUGAUUAGUUGUGCUUGAUUAUUCAUUGCUAUCAGAGAUGUUUGAUAUUCUGCAUAUUUCACUAUGUACAUAUACAUACACAGGGUUAGUCAGAAUUAUGUUAAACUAUUUAUUCACAAAAUAUAUCUUAUGUGCAAGAUGAUUUACAGAACAGUCUCAGCCUGUUUUCCAUUGGUUUUAACACACACAAAAACCAGUGAGGAACAGUACCAUUUUAAGCCCAGACACGUUUUGUAGGGAACUGAUGAUACCUCAGUUUGUCUUAGUGUUGACAUAAUUUUGACUAUUCCUUUAUAUCAAACAAGCACAUUAUUGAAAAUGUUUCACACCUGUAUUUCAGAAGCUGUAUCAGAAUGUUUUGUGAGUUCUAAGUAUUAUGCGAAAAAAGAAACAUUUUUAUGCACAAUUUUACUUUAUGAUUCAUGGAUUGUGACAUUUGUGAAGAGCAUGUUUUAGAAAUUGGUUGGAAAUGCAUUAUUUUGGAGGAUUUUUAUCUUGUUAAUGAUUUUAAAUGAAGAGACUUAAUACUUAAAAGCAUGUUAAUAAAUCAUUUUCAUAUAAUACGUGUAUGUUUGUACCUAUUGUAAAUAUUAGUAUUCCUGAUAUUAACUUUUGUUUCACCACCAUGAAAAUCUGAAGACUGCCUCCAGCAAAGUACUGCUUGUAUCAUUGCUUGAUAUCACUUGUCAUGUCUUGAUUUAUCUUUGUAUAAUUUAGGCAAAAGGUGUUGUUCAUAAGGCUUUUCUCGCUGACAUACCUGUCUUUCCUUCAUCUUCCUGCUUCAAUACAAUAAUUUUUUUCUUUUUUCUUCAUGUUGUGGUAUCACACAGUAAAUUUUUAUCAGAUUUUAAUUUAUUAGAAUUGUAUCUGAUAGAAUUUUUUUUCUUCAGUCAGUACUCAUUUUUAGACUGCACGAAGGCAUUAGAGUAAUUGUCUGAAAGUAUUCCAUUGUACUAUAUAUACAUUCUUAUGAUUUUAGUUGGUAACUGAGAGUGUAGCUGGGCAUUUCAUCAUUUUCUUUUUUCAGGUGGUAGUGUUGGGAAUUCAAUACAAUCCCUUUUUAAUGUGUCAUCAUUGGAGCAUUGUAAUUAGCUCUUGAGGAGAUUCCUUUUCACACCUAUUAAUCCUUUGCAGCAUGCUACUGUAAAUACCUAUCAUGUUAUGCUAGUCAGACACACCUAAGUGUUGAAGCACCUAUGCUACAGCAAGCUCUUGGGUCAAGGAUAACACAUCCAUCAAAAGAAGGAUGCACCAGUCAGGAACAGUGUCACAAUUUUUUUUUUUUUUUCUUCUUCUUCAAGAGAUAAAAAUGGUGAAUCACAACCGGGAAUUUUUACUGUCAGCCAUUUCCUGUUGAAAUGCGAUGAGCUUACUGAAGUGGCAGUUGCGAUAACUUUCUCGGCAUGUCGUUAACUCUGAUAUUAAUACCCUUUGACUGAGACUAGAAAGAAUGUUUCCAGUUUUAUUGCUCAUAAGACAGUUUUUUUUUUUAAUAAAUUUUUUUCUUAGCCUCUUGCAACUGGAUUUAUAUUAUGGCCAUAUCUGCCUAGCCCUAAUCACUGUUAUCAAGAUUGUUUUGCUGGUCAAAACACAGUUAAGAUAUAAACAUUCUGUUGAUUUGAUAUAUUUCAAGCAUUAGUUCACAAAAUGUAAACCACAGACCUAUAUCUAUAUACUUCCGUAAUGUAAAUACAAUAAAGUUCUCUCUUCUGGGUCAAGCUACAGUUAUUUCACCAUUGUUUUAAGCUGGCCAUGACAAACAGCUUCAACAUUUGUUUCACAGAUAGAACUUGAUUCAAUGUGUGUGAUUUCCAAAUGUUUGUCAUCGUCGGGAUGCAUUAAGCCAGUGGUUCUCAAAGUGUGGUCCGCGGGCAUAAGUCAGGUGGUCUGCGGCUGACAGUCGUCAUAUGUCAGCAAAGUGAUGUUUAAAGUGAUGCAUUCCUCGCAUUAACAUUUUAAUUACAAAGAACAAGGUAUACGUAGCUUUAUUUCAUCUUAUUACUAUACUACUGUCACAAAAGGAAAUUAAGUUUUAAAUUAAAAGUAAACAAAUGCGGCAAUUUAAAUUUGAAAUUCAUAGUACAGACUGAUUUUUAGGCCUUGGUGGUCCGCCAUAUUUUUUACUAAGGACUUGGUGGUCCGCCAUAGCUUUUACUUAAGUAAAGUGGUCCGCGGUCCGAAAAACUUUGAGAACCACUGCAUUAAGCCACAGUUUGUCUUCACUGUGUUUAUAUCAAAUUUCACAUCACAAAUGAUAGAAAUUCUUGAAUAUAGGAGCAAACGAUAUGUGAAAUAUGCAUCUCUGAUACCUCUUGAGCUUGGAGAGUUUAAGGCUGAAUAUUUGAUGUAUUUUUGUAAAACCUGAUGAAAGACUGCUGUAAUGGGUUGUCGUGUUCUUGCUUAACUGAACUAUAGACACCAUACUAACCAAAUAGCUCCUUUCUUCUUGCUUGGAUAUGACUCCCCUGUGCAACGUCCAACUUUUUCUUUUUUUCUAUUUUAACAUUGAAUUAGAAUGGCAUGCAUAUAGUUUGCUUGGUAAUGAAAUUUUUCAUCAAAGGCCACAGCUGGAGUUUCACUUCUGUUAGGGUUUCCUUCAUCCCAUCAUGGCAUUCCAUUCACCAACCAUUCCUAUUCUUUUUUUUACUUGAUUUGGCAGUGUUCUUUUCAGUUUUCUGGUUUUUUUACACAUUGUGAAUAUGUGAAGUUUGGCUUUUAAAUAGCAUGAGAAUGUGUAUAUUUUCAAAAUUUGCAAGUAUUCAAUGCUUGUUUUUGCAUUUUGAUGCUGGACAGUUAUGACCACAUUUCUCACUGGCAUACAGAACUGAGUUUUUGUGGGUUAUGACUGAUGUUUAUUGUUCAGUGAAUAUCAAUAGGGUAACGCAUCUAUUUGAUAGAACUGCUUAGAUUAUCUUUCAGUUUUUAUUGACACUGUGCGAAUAUAUUCUUUGAAGUAUAGAACUACAAUGGAUUACUGACAAUUUACCGAGACCAGCACUAAGUUCUUCUCAAAUGGUAAACUGCCAAGUCUUUCCUUCAAAACCACCGAGAUUAUUGAUGUGAACUGUAUAAGAUUGCUCAAUUUCUAAAAAAUUUAUUACCACAACCAUAAAGUUUUACAUUUUGUUCUUCUGUCUCAGAGCUCUUGAUGAAACUUAUUUGCAAAGCGUCAUUUUAGCACUGAAUGCCAAAAUUCAUCUGCCAGCAAUCUGGUUUAUGUCCAUAUUUUAAGUUCCUUUUACUUUGCCAGUAAUGGAUUUACAAGCACCCAAAGCCAAUCUUGAAUUGUGACACAUCUAACUUUAAUGUUUGUAGAAAAUCCUAACAGGAGUUGAUGCAAAAAAAAAUAAGGCACACUAAGAUCACCUGGGAGGAAGAAGUCCCCAGGGCAAAGUUAUGUCACAAAAAUUGUACUUUUGCAUUUUCAGAGGUAAUAUGCUUUUUCAUUUUAUUUAAGGGAUUAAAGUUUUUUUCAGGUUGUCUUGA